AUGCUCCAGGCGACGGAGCACGAGACCGAAGUCGCGUUGCUUUCCUGCGUCUUCAGUUUCCUUCAGACAGCGCUCCUUAACUUUAUUCCAGAGCCCCUGUUCCACCCUGUCGCCGAUCGUGUGAGCCACCUGGCCCUCGUGCGUGCGGCCGGCGGCGCAGUCGCUUCGACUGCUCCGAUGCUGCGCUCCUUUCCGUGUCUGUGUUCCCCGGCCCACUCGCCUCUCGCCCGUGCAUCUUUCGGUGUGUCGCUCGCGUCGGCGCCGUCUGUCUCUGGGAAUCUGCGGCCGUUGUCUGUGAGAGCGUUUUGGAUGGAUGUGGCAGUACAGACAGCUUUCACACCCGCUGCACUGCUGCGUUUGCUCCAUCUGCUGCACUUCCAAGAUGUGCUUCUGGGCCGGCUGGCUUUCCCCCCCGCCUCAGCGAAAUCUCCGCAUUCAAACGCCUCGACAUCCGCUGCUUUUUCCAGCGCUGACAAACACGAAACGAGGGGAAACAAACGCGCCAGUAACGCACGCGGGCUGACGCCGGAGGGUUCAUCUUGGAUGACUGGAAAGAAGCGGCAAGAACAAGAGGAAAUUUGCGGGGAACAGAGAGGAAAUAAAGGAGAGGCUGCUGGCGACGUGUCACAGUUUUCAGAGCUGUCUUUAUUGGAAUGCCUGAAAACCCGACGGAGGGCUGAUGACGAAACCCAGACGGGCCGACGCGGUUCCGUCGCGGGGCCUUCGGGUGUGCAUACAACAGGAACCGGCUGGAAGGAACAGGCCAAACGCGAGUUGGAGAAACCGCGAUGUCGCCAGGCUUUUGUGGGUAGAUCCCUGUCUCGAGGAGAAAGGGGGAAAAUCGAGUCUUUUUCACGUUCUCGCGCUCUCGCCUUGGUAUCAGACAGCGAGAGACGGCCGCGUCGUGCCCGGAUUUCUUCGAGGCAGUCGUCGAGUAUCGCUUUUCACGGAGUUUCGCGCUCCCCGUCAUUCCCCUUUCUGCCGUGUUGCGGAGUCCUGCCUCCGUUCGUUUGCGAAACGUGCCUAGAGCACGCGGGAGAAAGACGAAAAAUGUUUCCCCAACCGUUCUGCCUUGCCUCGUCUCACCGAAGACUCUCCGCUGGCGCCGUUGAGAAAGCACAGAACGCAGAAAACGGAGAGACGAAAGAGAGAAAAAACGAAACCACCACUGAACACUGGUCGCUGCUGGGUGAAGCAUCGAGGGAGGCUGAGGACGAGGCGGGGAAUCUCAAAAGCCAACAGAUCCAGACCUGUUACUCUCCACAUGUCUCUCCAGAAUGGGAGAAGGUAACACGUGGAGAAACAAAAAGAACGGAAACAGGAAGCCGAGAAGGCAGCGAAGGAAGAAGCAUUUCGGCGGGAGGCAGCGCCGACCGAGGAGCUAGGGACGCAAAUCCGGAAGAAAGCGAAACUGCCACGAGCAUUUGCGGUUCGCGAAGCGAUUCCCGGAAGAUGAACCAAAGUGGUGAAACGCGUGCAUCACAAAAAUUAUCAGAAGAGGACGUAAUUCGAAAGGAACACCGCUGCAUUCGGAGGGAGGUGUCUGGUGGCCCGCGAGAGGCCAGACCUUCAGGUAUCACACGCAGCACUUCUGCGUCCUCCCAUCCGUUUUUCUCGUCCGGAACACUAAGAGGAACUUCCGUCGCUGUUUGCAGAUCCAGCUUGUCCCCAGUCCAAGCUACAUGUGAGCGCGAACAGCCCUACUCUGUUGGCAACUGGUGUUCAGCUUGCGGUGCUUUCUCUCCGUUCGCUGAUGUACAGAGGCUGUCGCCACCCGGUGUACAUAUACCCCGGGGCUUCACUGAAGCGGCGAGCAGCGCUUCACGAAGUCCUGAAUUCGCCGUGGCAAUCGUGGAAUCUCUGGAACAGGAACUCUCGAGGGUCGUGAGUGGUCGGAAUUCGCGCGGUACGCCUGAGGAUCCCCGGUCGGAAAGAAACGACGAGAAACCAACAGACAAACAAAGUUGCUUCAAAGAGCACGACCCAGUCGAACGGCACGCAGGGACGCGAACGGUUUCCCAGACGCACGACUCGGGCAGUUUUCUCCCGACUGGGCAGAAGUCGCCUUCCACCCACCGAAAUGUGGACGCGAGCGGAAAAAAGCGCUCGACAAGAUCACAAAUGAACCGUCUGGGGGACGAUACUCCGACAGAACUCCCAUCUGGAACACACGUACCUGGCCAUAUUGCGCACGCCUCGCGUUCGGCAUCUCUUGAGCAAUUUGAGUUUUUCGCGAGCAAGCAGUUCGUCCAGUUGACUAGCGAGUUUGCGGAAGGAACGGUAUGUCGGGUUCUUCGGGUGCCGCACAUUCCGCAAGGCGCCGUCAGCUUCCCGCCGUUCCUCACUCAGGCGCAGCGAUGGACACUUUUAGAGCGGCUCUUUGCUUGCCGAGAUACCGACCUCGCGGCAGUUGCCCCGCCCUUUGCGUUAGCUCCUAGUCGCACGGCGCUUGCGCACCACGACACCGAAGUGUCAGUUGUUUGGGACAAGCGAGAAAAUCUGCCGGUUUUCAGAAGCAACUCAGAGCAUCCCGCCCAUCGACCGCAUGUGAAGGCACGUAGACAAGCAUCGCACAGUCUUUUAGACGACGUAGAAGAAAGGCGAACGCGAGAACGCGCAGGUCGUUUAGAUCCGUUUCUCUCGGGAGCCGGGCUAUGGGCAGACGUCAAGCAGCGCCUGUUAUACAUGGAGAUGCAAUACGAUAAAAAUAUCGUUAGAGCAGCUGCAGGUGCAGCGAGGUGUCACGCAGCAGUGCCCUCUUACGAAUGCAAAUUUGCUCACUUUCGUCUUUUCAUCGAUCCGCCGGUUCAGUCUUCUUCGGUCGCUGCGGCGGCAGCGGCCGCUCUGGCUGCGUUCCAGCAGCGUACCCCAGGUCACCGCGAGUUGCUCACAAAGUUCGAGGAUUUGUUUUUCGAUUGCAUUUUCGACGUGUACCUGCAGCUGCCCCGUCCAAUGGCUCACGCUGUCUGGACGCAUCUUUUUCCGUUCCAUCAUCCAACCACCCACACUGUUCACCGUAUUCAGCUGCUGCUUCUCAAGGUCCACAAAGACCUGAGGAAACGCACGCUCUCACUUGGCACCAGUCCAGCCACUGACGCGUUUCCCGUCUCUGGAAUGGACAGAAUGGAGCCGCGCACAAACAAGGAAAAGCAAUAUCCAAGAAAAACGCUGGUCGUAGGCGCUGACAGUCGCACAGCCGGGGGGAAGGCAGGUGACUUCUGUUCCGGAGGUGGACGUGACGGGAGCAGAGCUGCUGACACAGGAGACGCUACGAGGCAAAACAGACGGAAAACACGAGUUGAAGCGGAACAACUCGCUGAAAGCGACAAGCGAGGAACGGCAGGUGGGCCGAGCGGAGGUGCUAGAGCAGAAGCUGAAAGAAAUGCACUCAUCUGCUUGCUCAGAGCCGCUUCCGAUGCCCAAGCGAGACUGCUGCUCACCAGACGAUGCAGAAGUGCCGUGCGGGUCGAUGUGGCAUCCGCAGUUAAAAGCAAUAUGCCCCAGACAGAAACGUGAGGCGAAUUCGCAAGAAGGCACGGAGUGGAUAGGCACGGAAUGUGACAAUACAGCGGGAAACGGAAAAGAAAUGUGACAGGAGGACAGGAAUGAUUCCUAGUCCCAUGCGUCUUCUGGGUCUAAGCAUACAGAACGGCUCUGAAGGGACUCCAGCUCAAAUUUCAUUUCACUAAGAGUAGAAACACAUCACGUUUUGUGUUGUGAUUUGUCUCGGCGGUGUGGUCGAAAAUCUGUUUCAUACUAGUCUCUCUAGUGCGUGUGAAUAGGUCUUACACAUGUAAGCGCAGGUGCUGUAGAAACAAAACUAUCGU